AGGUUACCGUUGACAGGAAAAAACGUCAUCAUUAGGCGACCAAGAUGGCUGCCAGAGUACUUUUCCGCUCUUUGUCCUCCAAUUUCUCUACCGCUAAACCUUUCUUCAACCACUCGACACGUCUCUCUUUGCGACCGACACCAAAGUUUUAUUUCUGUAGGAAACUGGCAUCUUGUAGGCGGUUAUCCGCAGCGCUUAAAUUCACUGACAAACACGAAUGGGUACGAGUGGAAGACGGUGGAAUUGGGACUGUUGGUAUCAGCAAAUUUGCUCAAGAGGCUCUGGGAGAUGUAGUUUACUGUGAGCUGCCAGAGGUGGGGAAAAAGCUGGCUCAGCAAGAUGAGUUCGGAGCUCUGGAAAGUGUGAAGGCAGCCAGUGAACUGUAUUCCCCUCUGACGGGAGAGGUCGUAGAGGUCAAUGAACAACUGGCAGAAAAACCUGGUCUGAUCAACAAGUCCUGCUACAAAGACGGUUGGCUGAUGAAAAUGACAAUUAAUGACCCUGCUGAGCUGGACACCCUAAUGACUGAGGCAGCAUAUGAGAGAUUUGUCCGCUCCAUGGAGGACUGACCUAACUCCGGGCCAUGAGUCCUGCUUUUCCUCUUUAAAAAAAAAAAACAAUUGGCUGAAUAUGCAUCACAUAAGCAUGUGUUAUUAUCGAUGACAUGCUCCAAUGUGCAGUCACCGCUGCUGUUCCGGACAAUGUUUACUCACCUGCCGUUGUUGUAGAAUAGCGAGUGAGUGUUCGGAUUCCCCAAACCCCUUGUUAAAGACGGGCAUUAGUUGACCUGUCGGUCUGAAGCUAAUAGAAAUUCAGUCUCUGACCACUAGUCUCCAAACAGUACACUCAAAUCCAAGGGAACAUUCACAGGUAUUCUGCAGGGGCACUAACUGAGCUGUUUAUGGAAUUUUGUUGAAUGGUUUUGCUGAAGUGCAGAAAAAGAAAUCUUGAACUUG